AUGGCAAACGCUAAUUCAGGCGGAGUGCCCUCUAGCAGCCCAAACUCAGAUGAAAACAUUUUUAUUUCAGGUGUUGGUAGUGCUGGUGUCUUGAUGCUUCCACCAGAAAGGAAAAUGUCUAAGUCUUCGCAUCUACGCAGUUCACCUUCGUCCACUGUUGCUUUCAGCUCCAAGUUGAGUUGUGACAACCACAAUCGACGCCACCUGACUGACACAAUAUCAUCAAAGCGCUCAAGUAAAACAUCAUUACAACCGAAAGACUUGCCUCAUUUACUUGUGGGAACUGAUCAAAAAAUGCUGCCUCUCCCUCCAGUGCGUGCCAAUUCAGCUGACUGGUUUUCACGUUCAUUCGAUCGCAGCGCUUCUUCUGCCGUCGUUAACGAAAAUGUUGCUGCUAGCCCCACGCCGUCCACACCUACAUAUCGACGUGGUCACGUUUCACCAAAUGUUGUAAGGAAUUACAAUCAAUCCCACCCACUCUCGCGUAUUUUUCUUGAUGCAGUGGAACGAGGCGAUAAAUCGACUGUUGCUCGCUGCCUUAAAUGCGCCAACCCCGUCAACGUCAAUUGUACGAACAUGCUUGGUAGAACUGCGAUUCAGAUUGCUGUAGACAACGAAAACUUUGAAAUCGUGGAGCUACUGCUCAAAGAACCAAAUAUUCGUAUUGGCGAUGCCCUUCUAUAUGCAGUGCAGGAAGGUGUAUAUCGCAUUGUAGAGAUGCUUAUUGAUCACCAUUCUAUCACCAAGGAAAUGCUGGGUACAUCUUGGUCAAAGAGGAUCAGCCUCUCGGAAGAGAGCCCUGAUUUUUCAGCAGAUAUUUCACCCAUUAUUCUUGCUUCCAUUUGCAAUCAAUUUGAAAUACUCCAGCUCUUGCUCUCUCGAGGGGCCCACAUUGAAAGGCCUCAUAGGUCAAAUUGCAACUGCAAUAACUGUGCAGCAAUGUACAAGGAAGACUCAUUGAAAUACUCGCUGUGGAGAAUUAACACCUAUCGAGCUUUGGCCAGUCCUGCCUGGAUUUCACUUACAUCCCCUGACCCAGUUCUGGCAGCAUUUAAGCUCUCUUGGGAGUUAAGUAACCUUGCAUCAAGGGAAAACGAGUUCAAGGAAGUGUUUAUUCAGCUUUCAGACCAGUGCAAAAAGUACGCAUGCGACCUCCUCGACCAGUGCCGAAGUACCGAGGAAGUGUUGGCAGUACUCAGUCGCACCUCUGACGACCAAAGUGACGAACGCAGCAAGGAAUACGAUGAAUCAACUAAUCAAAAAGGUAGGACAGCCCUGUGCCGUACCACGACUGUAACUCAGAAAUAUAAAAGACGUUGGUAUAGGCCAUCUCCGCAGGCGGAUAAUUCCUUUGAACUAGAGGACCUGGAAGACUGCGAUGGACUUACCCGUCUGGAGCAUCACAAGCGUUUGGAGAGUCAGUACACUAUUAUGGAGGACCUAGCCAGUUUAACGAACCACCAAGAACAGGGGUACCACAUAGGAGAGAAAGGGCAAUCAGAAAGAAUGAACGAGAAAAUGAAAAAUAAAGAAUACAUGGAAAGUGAUAUGGAUGAGGUCUCUGAUGAGGAACAAUAUGAUGAAAGUGGAGAAGACUGUUUUGAUGAAAGUGAGAGUGAGGAUGUACCCGCUCAACUGAGGCUGGAUCGUCUGAAGUUGGCGAUUAAGUAUGAUCAGAAAAGGUUCGUGGCUCACCCGCACUGCCAGCAUAUUCUGACAACCCUCUGGUAUGACCAACUGCCAGGCUGGCGGAAACGUCACCCGAUCUUGAAGCUGCUCCUUUGCUUCGGUUUUGUCCUUGCCUUGCCUUUCCUGGCAAUCAUCUACCUGUUCUAUCCACGCGGCUCUGUUGCCCGAGUUCUUCGUUCACCUCUCAUCAAAUUUGUCAACCACAGCGCCUCAAUAGCCAUCUUUCUUAUUCUCCUGCUCAUCGCUUCAACAGACGGAGAGUCAGUAAAGUCAUUGGAGGUGCGACAGUUGACCAGGGGACCUGAUCCCAACUUAAUAGAGCUUCUUAUCGCCUGGUGGGUUUUUGGCUUCGUCUGGAGCGAGAUGAAACAGAUUUGGGAAGAGGGUUUCAAGGCCUACGUGCGUCAAUGGUGGAACUGGCUGGAUUUUAUCAUGUUGACUUUAUUUUUGACCACUGUGGGGCUGCGAGUGGUUGGGCUGAUCCUACGCAAAACGGGGCGCUAUGGGUUUGAUCCUACAAGUAGGGAACACUGGCCUUCUAACGAUCCGACUCUUCUCUCUGAAGCCUUCUUUGCGAUUGCUCAUAUUUUUUCGUUUGCGCGCAUAAUUUUUCUUUUCCAGGCUCUGUUUUGGCAUCUUUUUGGAGUGACGCAGAUCAAUCAAUAUCGUAUCCAAACUAAGGACGCCGAGGGAAAUCUGAUAGAUUUGAAGUCGGCUCAGGUCACAAUGACCGUGGGUGAGAUUCUUCUGAUGAUCUACCACGCAAUGGCCAUCAUUGUGCUUGUCAAUAUGCUCAUCGCCAUGAUGUCAAAUUCAUUCCAAACGAUUCAGGCCAUAACAAGAAUUCUCGUCCGACGAUAUAUUCACGUGUCGAAAAAGACUAUGCGCCAAGGCGUGGUCAAUGAAGAUGACCUUUUGGAAAUCAAGCAAGACAUUUCAAGCCUUAGGUUAGUUCGACGGAUACCCGCUUCAUCCGGUAGUCCUACAACUCAAUCCACCUCCGAAUUACAGGGUUUAAAAAACGAAAUUAUUACCGAAGUGAAGGGCGAGUUGCAUAGUUUUGCGAAACAACUAAUGCAGUUCAUGAACCAGUGCCACGUAAGCGGCCCGCCUUCCGAACACACCUCCGAUGGGGAGUCGUUUUUGGCACACCGUGGAGCCGCAACCGGUGCCACCGUCUUUACCACACCCCUCUCCCGGGGGACGGAAAUUGACCGCGAACGCAUCGGCGGUGUCUCAAUGACCUGCAGCCCCGCGUCUGGUCUCUCACUUGCAGCACCAAGGCAUCCCAACUCAAGGGCAUAG